AACAUUUCCACAAUUUACUUGAAACUCUCAAGAACACAAAAAGUUUAGUUAAUAUUAGAAUAACACCACAAAUGGAUCGGUUUUUAGUUGCAUUUCUUCUAAUAUAUUCAAUUGGGUUUUGUUAUCAACAAGACACUCAUGUCUGUCCUAUUGGAACUGAUUUUUAUAAUGGAGCAUGUGUUCGAUCCAUGUGCCCAGAAACUCAUUAUCUUGUUAAUGGAGCAUGUCUUUUGAGACCAAUGGAUACUGCGACUUGUGGCUAUGGAUUUGACUUAAUCAAUGGAAUGUGUGUACAACAAAAUUGCCCAACAAAUUUUGUCAUGAUUAAUGGAUUAUGUCAAGAAAAAUUUAUUAAUAAUUUACCACCUCUCCAAUGUCCCCAUGGUUUUUCGGUUUACAAUGGAAAUUGCUUGCCUAACCCUGGUAUAAUUCCACCACCAUUUUGUAGACCAAAACCUUGUCAAACAUAUGGUUACUGUCCGUUUACUUGUGAUGAUCAACGACAACCAUCAUUAACAACGACAACACCAAGAACAACAAUAACACCAACGACAACAACAACACCACCACGACCAUCACCACAAACAACACCAUCACCAACAACAACACCAACACCAGAUAUAUGCCCUCCAGAACAUGUUGUUAUUGAUGGAGAAUGUCGAUUUGUGUCUUGUGUCAAAGGCUUUUUCCAUAAAGGUCGUUGUAUUGAGCCAGUUUGUACUGAUGGCCUAGUGUGGACAGGCCUAACAUGCGCCCAUCCAGAAGUCAUUACAACAAUUAUAGAAAUUGAAAAUAAUUUCAUCACAGAAACAAAUCAAACUGGUCCUGACUUCCAUAUUACUAAAUCUAUUGAUAAUAUUGUUCGCAUAAAUGAAACGAAUGAAGCCAUCACUAAUCCAGAAAAAAACCGUCAACCCUGCACACCGACAUCAUCAUCAUCAUCAUCAUCAUCAAAUUCAAAUAAAAAAUGUUGUUUUAUUAUCACACCUAGGAUGUGUAAGAAAUACAGUUCGAAAUGGGUUUGUUUCAAUCGUCAAUAUCGACAAUGUGGAGACAUUUGUGGAACAUAUUCUGUAAAGUAUUUAAGAGUGCCUAAGGUUACUGAACAUCCAGGAAUGCUGGUUAUACCACCAAAUCCUGAUUUGGAAGAGUGUAAGGGAAGUGAAUGCAAAAGAAAUGAUGCCGUUGACUGUUCUGGUUGUUUGACAAAUCAAAAACAAACAUGCUCACCAUAUUGUUAUCGAUAUCGAUGUCCAACCAACAGAUGCACAUACAUCGAUCAAUCUGAAUACUGUACAAAAUAUAGGGGAAGUCCGGGUUGUAGCAGCGUUGAUGGAUGUUUUGGGAGCUAUUGUUAUGAUGAAAUACCAAGUCCCCAAGAUGAUUGUCUAUAGAUUUAAUUUUCUUUCUGUUUUAAUAUUUUUUCAUAACUC